CCGCAAUUUGGAUGCCACAAAAUCGAACUCCCUUUCAAAUCCCUCGGUGUGCUCUUGCUGCUGGCACAACGAGCUUCCUCUAAGGAAAUGGAUCCCUCCCUUUUGAAGCUCCUCGAAGAAGAUGACGAGGAUGAAUCUAUGCACUCGAAGGAAGACGUCGACGCGUUCCAGGCCUCUCUGAUUCGAGAAAUCGAAGGAGGAAAUCAUUCUUGGAGUCAGCAGUUCGCAGCAUGGAAUAAUGGUAUUACUCAAGAUGCUAAUACCAAUAAGCUCCAUAUCCUUGUGAGCACUCAGAUGAAAGAGCAACAACAACAAUCUGUUUUAGGGAGUCAUGACCGAGAAUUAAAGCACAACCUGCCUCAGAACCAUCUACAAUCAGUUAGACUCUCUGAGAAUCCUUCCCAUGUUCCCCAAGCAACUGACUUGCAGUCUAGGAACAACUCUAUUAGUAUGGAACAACCUGUUGGCUCUGUAAAUCUUGGUCCGACACAACUACAAGUCGGUGAAUUGUUUCGUCUACUGAGACCCCAAGUUGACAAAGAUAGAGGGAAGCAGCUCAAUACACUGUUUUAUAAAUUCAAGAGUAACGAAGUUACAAAGGAAAGUUUCUUACGACAAGCAAGGAAUAUUGUAGGUGAACGAAUGAUCUUAUGGGCAGUUAGGAAACUGCAACAACAGGGAAAUAACGGGGGCAAAGUACCUGGUGACCCAAACCAUUACAGAGAGCCCUUUACUUCUGCUGAAGACCAAUCCCAGAUACAAUCUUUAACCGAAGGCAUCAGUGCUAAAAAGUCUGACACCUGUGGAGGUCAUGAUAACCAACUACAUUCAACAAGUUCGGGCACCUUUAGCAGUGCAGCUACUGUGCAAGGAUUACACAAUUCUGAGAGACCAGUUUCUGUGAAUGGUCCUGCUAUGGUUCAUGGUGGCCCUAUAUUCCCCACCCAAAAUAACAUAUCCUUGCCUCUAAAUCCGGCUCUUUGUCAAGGAUCAGUCACCAAGGGCCAGACAAUGAGCAAUGAUCAGACAGUGGCCCACGUGAAGCAGAAAUUGACUGAUCAAAGCUUUGAUCAGGUACCGAAGCCUUGUCCUGUGGUGCGGCAAGACGUGUCUAAUGUUCCAAUGGAACAGAAGAAUGGUAACCCAAGGAGGUCAGAUGAUGACUUAGUGAAGCAAUCAUCUGAAAUGGUUUUAUCAGCACCUACCACCCAUGCAAACUUUGCCUCUCCUUCAAUGAAAACACAGCUGGACUCUAGCACAAUGGUUAAUUUCUCUGCCCCAGCUGCGACCAUUCUCCCAGGAACUAUUGUUAGAACGACACAAGGUCAGAAAAAAUCUCUGGAGGCACAAGGUUCUUCGCUACCACCAUUGAGUAAGAGGCAAAAACUGUGUGAAACUUCUUUAGCUGGAAGUGGUAAAAAGUUCAAUGAUGUUACGGAACUCAGUGGCAUCAAUCUUAUGGAAGAGGAAAGAGAAUUAUUAUCUUCUCUGCCUAAAAAUAACAGUCGUGUUUUCAAAUCAUUUCGAAGAGUUGCGUAUGAGGAGGAAGGAAGAACGAUUUUGCAGAAAGCUCCACUGCAGAGAAAGCUGGCUGGAAUUAUGGCAAAAAGUGGUAUAAAGCAUAUCAAGGAUGAUGUUGAGCGGUGCUUGUCUCUGUGUGUGGAGGAAAGGAUGCGUGUAUUGUUGUCUAAGAUAAUCCGGACUUCAAAGCAGCGGACUGAUCCCGAGAAGUGUAGAAAUCGGAUUUGUAUCACAUCUGAUAUCCGGAAACAAAUCAACGAAAUGAAUCAGAAGGAAAAAGAUGAACAGGAAAAGAAACAUGGUGGAGAAGAAGAGCUUAAGAAUGAUACAGCAAAAGAAGAUAAACGUUCAGAGCAAGUGAAGGCAAAUAAGGAGCAAGCCGAAAAGAGAGCUAAGGCUGCAAAUGAUGCUGCCCUUGCAUCCGUUGGAGGAGAUAAUGUGUUUUCAAAAUGGAAACUUAUGGCAGAAGCACGUCAGAAACCUUCUUCAGAGACAAGAAGAAACGCCAAAAAACUUUCUGGUGGUCAAAGAUUAGGGAAGAAGAACCAUGGUUCACCAAAAGUGGUCCGUUCAAUCUCUGUGAAGGAUGUGAUUGCUGUUGUGGAAAAAGAGCAUCAGAUGUCCAGAUCGACGCUACUGUAUCGCUUAUACGAUAGUAUCUGCUCGUAUGUUCCAACCCAAGAUAAGACAUAGAAAUUACUAAUAUCAAAGACAAGUCUUUCUAACAUUUUUGUUUCUUCUUAUUCCAUUGAAAGUGAUACCAUUACAAAAUC